AUGGAUAAAGAGAAUAAUAAUUUAUGUACUCUCCAUCAGAGAUCACUAGAGUUCAUAUGUAAUUUAUGUAAAAAGUCAAUGUGUACGAAAUGCAUUUCCGUUCAUUACAGAGAGGAACCAACUCAUCUCGAUCACUGUCAGCACAUUGACGCUAAAGAUGAUCAACAUAUUGAUAAUAAUAAUAAUAAUGAUAGUCAAUCAUCUUUUAAUAAUAGAGUAGAGAGUGACUAUGAUAGAUAUUAUUCGUUCAUAAAGUUAAAGACAGCAUCAGUUUGGGAAACGAUUAGGUCAUCAACUACGAGAUAUCAAGAUCUAUUGGAUCGAGAGAACAAGUUAUUACAACAUUUCAAAGAGUUAAAAGAGUUGUUGGAAGCUGAGGAAAGUAAAGCUAGGCUAUCGAUCGACAAAGAUAGAGAGGAACUAGAGAAGCAAAUCAAUAUGAGUAUUAACGAAUUAAAAGAAUUAAAUAUUACGAUCAGUAUGAUGGGUAGAAUAUUUAAAAGUCAAAAGAUAGGCAAUAUAAUCGAUGAUACCGACAAUAUAUCUUCAUCUCUGCAGUUUUCAACAGCAAAUUUAUUGAAACAAGUUGCCAGCUCUUGCUCAUUGGAAUCAUUUAUCAAUGUUGAUAAUCAAACAUUGUUCAAUGAUAAUCAGAUUGAAAUUCCUCAAAGCUACAGUUCACCCCCUUCAACAUCAUUGUUGGAUAUCGUUCAUAAAUACAAUGAUCAAUUUCAAUCACACAUUAGUAACAAUAAUAACAAUAACAACAAUACCAACUCCUUAUCACAAACACAAUCUGAUAAAUUCACAAAUAAAAUACCCAAUAUCAAUCAAAUCGUACCACCAAUCUCAAUAAAAUCAUCGCAAUCCAUAAUAGAGUCAAAUUCUAUACCUAUAUCUAACGCAGAGUUGGUAAACAAAUCACAAUCUCACACAAUCAAUAUUGAAAAAUCUCUAACCAAUCUUGACUAUUUCAAACAAUCAUAUAUCAUUAAUAACAAACAAUAUCAUUCAAUAUCAAGAUUUCCAAACAGUAAUAAUAUCAAUGAUGUUUUUUUAGUGUGUGGAACUGACCAAAGAUUGAUAAACUAUAAAGAAAAUCAAAAAUCUUAUGAAAGAGCUGAGAAUGAAAUCAAAGCAAUGAAAUUACUCAAAGGUAAUCCAAGAUUUGUUCAACUAGCUGACUAUCAUCAUGAUAAAGACAACCAAAUCUUUCAUAUCAUCUCUGAAUAUUGUGAUGGCGGUGAUCUUGAUCAAAAGUAUAAACGUUUAAUUGAUCUGAAUAUAAUCUUUGAAGAAUCAGAUAUUAGUAAUUAUAUUUCACAACUUUUUAAUAUUCUUUUGGAUCUUGAUAAACAUGGAAUUGUUCAUUGUGAUAUCAAACCUUCAAAUAUAUUCAUUGAUGGUGGUAGUUUGAUGCUUGGUGAUUUUGGAUGUUGUAAAUUCAUUGAUGAAUCAAUAUCCAUUGAAUAUCAAGAUGCAAAAGUAUUUUUUGAGCUACCUGUUGUCAUAAAAUAUCCAACUAUAUCUAAUAUGAAUUCAAAUUCACUUAUAAAUGCAACUCGUGGAACUAUUGGUUAUAUUUCACCAGAAGCAAUCAAACGACAAUAUGCACAAUCAUGUGACAUCUUUUCAAUUGGAUCAACGAUACUUAAAUUAUUAUGUUGUCAUCAAGAUGAUCGAAAUAAUCAUAUACGAUUCAAAUCUACUGGUGAAAUUAUCAUUUCAGAAUCCAGAUAUUCAAAACAAUUGAUUCAAUUUAUUCAUCGAUUGCUAGAUCAGAAUCCAAAGAAUAGAGAAUCAUUGAAUCAAUUAUUAAACCAAUAUAUUGAAACUAUCAUCGAUCAACAUACAAUAAGAUUUAAUUUAAACACUACAUUCAAAAACAACUCAGUCAAUAUCACUGUAAUUGAAUUUGGAAAUGAAUUUAAUCAACCAUUGCAAUCUAAUUCACUCCCUCCAAAUCUGACAUCAUUAUCAUUUGGAUCUAAUUUCAAUCAAAUAUUAUCAGUCGGUGUGUUACCUGAAUCACUGAAAUCAUUGGUGUUUGGACUUGUCUUCAAUCAAAUAUUAUCAGCUGUCGGUGUGUUACCUGAAUCACUUGAAUCAUUGAAGUUUGGAUAUGCAUUCAAUCAAAUAUUAUCAGUCGAUGUGUUACCUGAAUCACUUGAAUCAUUGGUGUUUGGAGAUGGAUUCAAUCAAAUAUUAUCAGUCGAUGUGUUACCUGAAUCACUGAAAUCAUUGGUGCUUGGAUAUUCAUUCAAUCAAAUAUUAUCAGUCGUCGGUGUACUUCCAUCAUCACUUCGGAGAUUAUCACUUUCUAGUAAAUAUCUUACGAGUAGUUAUUUUGGAAUGACUUUACCACAAUCAAUGAUAACAUUCAUUAUUGGUAUGCAUCACAAAGACUCAAAGAAUGAAAACAAAUUACUUUCAAAUCUAAAAACACUUGAAAUUUAUCUUGGUGUCGACAACCAAACAAUACAAGCAUUGGUGUUAACCAAUUCAAAUGAUUCACUUGAAUUUAUCAAAGAAUUCUAUCCUGAUUAUUAUUCAACACGCAAUUUAUCAAAGAUAGGCUUUGUGGAUUCUCAUAACAAUCAAAUUUCAGGAGAAUACAUCACUGCUCUACUUUUAACAAAACAGAAAUAA